UAGUCUGUCUGCUGUAAGAGUCGGCCCCUCUCCUCUCUCCUUGCAUCCCUGUAUCCCUCCCUCUCACUCGCUCGCUCCCGGCAGUGCAUCCCCAUCCCCCACUCGCGGUGGCCGUCUCUUCUCAACGCUACUGGCCCAACAAAACGCUGCUGUUGGAGGCAGAGCCAGUCCGCACCGACCAAAGGCAGAGCGCACACGGACAACAGAGCAGAAAAACUCAUAAAUAAGGGACUUGUUUUGUACUAACUCUUUGGCUAAGCUCAUUUGAGUAAAGGAGUGUGUCUCUUCCUUCUGGAGCAUAGAUAAACUAUUUGCAUAUCCACUUCCACUCCUUCCUCAUUUGCAUACAGCAAGAAUGGCGAGCGGGCAUCCCACAGACAAAUUCAGUUUCAUGUAUCAACCAGACACGCACAAGAGUAAGAACAGGUUAUCUUCAGCCAUGAAUCCAGUCUACAGCCCCGUACAGCCUUCUCCAUACGGAAACCCCAAGAACAUGGCGUUCACAGGCUAUCCAGGAGGCUACCCUGCCACAGCCCCGACCUAUACGCCAAAUAUCUAUCAAACAGGCAGUCCUGGGUAUCCACCAGGAUAUACUACAGCUGGCACCCCAUACAAAGUGCCCCCCACCCAGACAAAUGGAGCACCCCCUCCAUACACCCCCACACCUACCCCCUACCCCACAGCCAUGUACCCAAUCCGCAGUGCCUACCCUCAGCAAAACAUCUAUGCACAGGGAGCGUACUACACUCAGCCUGUGUAUGCGGCGCAGCCUCAUGUCAUCCAUCACACUACUGUGGUGCAGCCCAACAGCAUCCCCUCCACAGCCCUGUACCCGGCCCCUGUCCCUGUACCCGCACCCCGCAACAACGGCAUGGCUGCCAUGGGGAUGGUCGCCGGGACAACCAUGGCCAUGAGCGCAGGGACUCUGCUAACGACACCCCAGCAUCCUCCCAUUGGAGCACACCCUGUUACUGUGCCAACCUACAGGCCCCAGGGGACACCUGGCUACAGCUACGUACCGCCUCACUGGUAGAGCCCACCGUCAUAUCUGGAGUCCACCAUUGUAUGCAACUGCUCAAAUCUUAGGCGGGGUCUCCCAGCGGAAACCACAGGAACUUCGCACCUGACGGCAAGAACAAAACUAAAGUGCAACAGCCACUUUAAUACUACUAUUAUUAUUAUUAUUGUUACGCAACAUUCUCUUAAAGGUUUUUACAAAAGCUGCUUUUUUAUUUUUUUAUUUUCUCGGUUCAUUUGCCAAUCAGUCAUUUGACUUAUUUUUAUUUUGUAUUUUAAUUUUAUUUUGGCUGUGUCCAUCUUUGGAGCUCCAGAGGGAAACUUGUGUUGGCUGCACCAUGUCUGUGUUGUGUUGGUGUGUGUGUGAUCCUGCCUCGUCCUGAGUUAGGGUGGGAAUUUACAGGCACUUACAUCUCAUCAUCUCUACAACUUUUUGUCUUAUGCUGCCAUUUGGGAAACAUCAGCAGUUUUUUUUUUCAUUUUAUGGGUAACAUUUCAGUGACAGUGCAUUGUUCUUUCAUUUCACCUUGUGUUAUUCUCCUUUUUUAUCUCAGUUGUCUUCCAGCACGUUACUGUCCUUAUUGGACAGUAUUCAUCAGUUCUUUGUCCUUUAUCCCCUUUGUAAGUGCCAUGUCGCUGUGACCAAGCAUUUACACAUCAUUUUUAUUGUCUUAUGCAUCGUACCUAUCAAAUAACAUCACAUAAUUUAUGCCACAUACUAUGCAGGCUAGUAUGUCGUUAAAAUCUUAAUCUAGCUAGCAAACGUGGAGUGUUAAGAUCGUGGUUAGCAUUACAACUGCAAAUAUUUAUAAUGACAAGCUACUUUAGAGUAUUGGUGAACGUGCUCACUUCAAAAUGCAGAUACGGAAUCGUUUAGUGGCACUUAAGGUAAAAAUGAUAAUACUUUUAAUUCUGUUUUGACGGAUGCACUCAACACACACAUGCAAUACACACAGCACAGUCUAGCUAUCGACACGUGUGCUAGACAGAGCCAGCAGCCAGGAGUUUAAAGGGAAUGGCACUGGGGGAGGAGAGGGUGGAGAGCGGGUGGAGAGGAAGAGGAGGGGAGGACAUUUUCUCUGCAUUUACUUUCAAGGUGCAAGAAGUCAUCCUCGAGAGACUGCACAGAUGCAUAGCUGUUUGCACUAUUUAUAUUGUACCUAAAUGGGGACAGUGUCAUCUCCUCUUCAUUCUUUUAUCAACUUGAGGACUUAAAGGCAAAGAUGGCUAAAAACGUGGAUGAAUCAAAAAGUUGUGUUUUUUUUACUGCAAUAAUGGCCGCUGCAAGAGCUAAAAUCAAUCUUUUUAGAAAGCCUGCAGUACAUGGCCUGAUGUCAUUUUUAUUGACAAGAGCUCAAGUGCUCAUUUAGUCACUCUAAAAAAAAAAAGCAUUUUGGUCCUGUACAUUUCAUUUGACUGAAACAACAUUAAACUCUAACUUAAUCUUUAAUGACUUCUAACCUUGCCACAUUUAAUUUUACAACCCAAUUAUUACUUUACAUAGGUUUAACAGAAGGGAGUCAGCAGUUUAACGAAAUGCUUUCUGCCAUCUGACUGAUAUGUGUUAACUAAUAGUUUUUCAGUUGUACAUUUUCUAUUUAAACAAGUUAACUUAUAUAACAAAUGCAUAACAAAGUUAAGCAAAAGUUAAUUUGAUAAACACAAUUUAGUUAAGAUUAUAGUUUACUGUAUGUUUACUAAGGUAACAUAGACACACACUCCAGUCUUUGCCCUUUAGUCCUCAUCUUGAUCUUUGUUGGGGUCAAAGCUGAGUGAGGCUUGUGGCAUUGCUUGGAUAUCAUAAAAAGAAUUAGAAUACAGAAGGAUAUUUACAAAAGCAGAGCAUUUACUGCACGGGUAUGUAGAGGAACAGUUGAUAUUGCAAUAAAAUAAGAGGGAAUGCCUCCUACUGUUAUCAAUACAGUAAUUACUUUAGCAGCAUUUUAAGUGAUUUUGAAAUGGCUUGUCAGUGUAAUCUUUUAAUAUAGAUUACAUUCUCUAUAUGCAGCCAUUCAAUGAUUAUUAAGCAAUGAGGUGUGGAACAUAUCAGAAAUUUCCGUUUGGAUAACUUUGUGAGGAAUUAUUGCACAUUUUGAAAGAUAAAAAUGCAAAAAAAUACUUAUGAACUAUAUAAUUUAAUGCUAAGUAACAGGUACCUAGGCUUUGUAGUGCAAGGGGCAUGAAUAGACAAAUUAUAUUGUAAUUACAGAUACAACACUGAGGUCGUUUGAGUCCAUAUAUUUGUACACUAUUAGUCUACUUCUUGAAAAAUAACAUUGCAAAUAAUCCGCUGAAUUAAAGCCAGGUAGUUUAUUUGCUUGUUUUCCCAAAGCCCCAAAAUAACCUUAAUUCUAAAACCGCAAGCAUCAUAGGCUUAGUUUGACCUACCAUAUGUCUGGCAGUAUUUGCAAGUUCCUUUUUUCCUUCUGGUUUAUUAAAUAUAAUGUAUCUCACUAUAGCAUUGAACUAAAAAUGCAGUAUACAGCAAGUGGUACCGUAAUGUAAUUCAAGCUACGCAUGGUCGCAUUAGUGUGGCAGCUACUGUUUGUGCUUUUAACCUCUGUUUUAAACCUUUAUUCCGCAUUUUUAUUCCCUUUCUGCGGAGGGACUUAACCAGGAGGUCUGUGAAAACUAACAUGGAAGGCUAGUGUUUGGCAUUGUGCACUACUAGUAUAUGGUCAAUUGGAUACUCAAAUCACAUUUUGAUUACUCAACAUAGUCUUUGAUUUACAAGUGAAACUUCUUAAAGUUCUUUCAAAUCUGUAUUCAAGACUUAAAAUGUUCAUUUUAGUGGUAUUUCUGAGAGGCUGAAAUGUUGGCACCUGCACUUCUGUAUGUUUACAUUGAAAGCAGAAAGUGCCCAACUACUAAGUAAAUAAGAAAAAGCCAUACAAAGAUAAACUUGACCUUACCUAGAGUCUUAAAUCUUGUGGAAUAGCUGGUAAAUUUAAAAAUAUUGACUUGGCUUUAACACUGCAGUUCACCUAGAGUUUACAGACCUUGUGGGUGUAAAUGAAUGACGGAACUGAAAUGGACAGCGCUUUCAUUGUAUCCGUGACCUCUGCUGUCCAUUGCCGUUCACACGCUUUAACGAUGUCCUUUAAAACCUUAAAGCUCCUUGCCUUUUGUUCUGUGCCAUAUUUUCACAAACUGCUGUUCGGUAUGUAUUAGUUUACUGGUGACUUGAGUCCUUGUUAUGUCUAGCUUCCUGUGAUUCUGUGUUUUCCUAUUGCUGUCCUUUCACAUAUUGUUAAAUGCAUUAUGCCUGUCUUACUUUUAUAUCCUUGGUGUCUUGUACCCUGUUUUCACUUUGUGCCACAGCUCCCUCUAGAGGCCAUUUUUGAGUCUGCGGAAAUUACCAUUGCAUCAAAUACUAGUGCCACAUUUGUCCUCUCCUACCAUCUGAUUUAACAUUUCCGAAUUUAACCAAUUGGUGUCAGUUAAUGCUGAUAAUCUACUGUAAUAUGUGGCAUUUAUAAUCUUCAGUAAGCCUAGGUAGACACUAGAUGUCACUAGAGUUGUGCUGUUUUGCAACGUACUGUUCAUAGAUUCAAACCAAAAAAGGGGGCCAACAAUCUUAUUGCUACUUGCCAGAAUUAUAAUUUGAGCACUGAGAAGUUCGGGCUAGUCCCUCAAAAUGCCAUUUGAACAAUACAUGGAUUACUGAAAUGCUGAAUUGAUAAUAUUAGAAAUGUGUGGACCAAUGCCUCAUAUUUGACAAAUAAAUAGGGGCCUUUAUUUUUCCUCACCUUUUGGUUACUUCAAUUUGCACUUAACAUAGAAAUUAAAUUGGAAUUCUUAUGUGCUUAAGAAAAAAAGUCUUAAUCACUGUCUUUUUACUUUCUUAACACUCAUCACUCUGCACUCUGACAUUUUAAAGUGUUUAAAUAUUGCUUUUAACUGGCAUUUAGUACAUUUCUAUUAUUGUUGUACGCCUUUUAACUUUGAUAGUAAAAGGUGGGCGGAACAAUUCACCUCUUCUCUCUCCUCGCAUUUGCCUUGCUUUUAGAGGUCUUUAUUUCCUUAAGCAUAGAUGAAAACACUACUAUUCCCAUCAAUAGUAGAAGUCGCUUAAAAUGUCUUUGGUGUUCUGCUGCAGCUUUUUGAUUUGUCAGAUAUGUCAUAGUUUGAUUUGACACUAAAUGUGAUGCAAAAAGUGGAAAUUCCUUGUCUUCCGAAAAAAAAAAGAAAAAAGAGAAUCAUACUUGCAUCCUCAAAUAGGAGUGAGUAUUAGGAACACCCCAUCUUUGGAAGUUUUCGUUUGGUACCCAGUUUGCACAUGCUAUGGUAUUCCUGUUACCGUAAGGUUGUGUUGAAACUGAUGCCCAACGUGUCUUUAACGUUGAGAGAAGUGAAUUGUAUGUUAGCUAUUAGGUCCGGAGUGAAGGACCAACGUCAGGCUUGUGAUAUGAAGUGUAAAUCUGUUUUUAUUUUUUGUUUUGUUUUUUUUUAAUGUUUUUUUGUUGUUAAGGAUUUUUUUUUAAAGAUCAGUUAGUGAUCUUAGUACUAUAACUAAGCCAAGUUUGUAAUUGUAUAUUUACUGUAAAAUGUAGAACAUUGAAUAACUAUUAAAAUUUUCCUAUAAAAGGAA